AUGUUUGCUCAACUAUAUAUUAUAUAUUUUUUCUUUUUGGUUUCGGCUGUAGUAGGAGUACCUGUAGAAAAUUUACAAAAUCAGACUUCUAGCACUGUUAGUCUUCUGGGUAAGGUUAUACCCACUAAGCCUACAUGCACUGACCCUAUUUAUAGGAAAUAUAAAAGCUCCGCUUGCGUUACAAGGAAAACAGUGAGGGUUUCAUGUGAAUCUUAUGAUCUUCCAGGCACAGUUGUAGAUACUAAUUUUUACUGUGCAGAUGGCGAAUCUUGUAUUGAUAUGACCUCAAAUGAUGCAAUUUGUGUCAACGAAAACAUUAAUUCUGUUCGAGAAUGGGAAAAUAAUCAUGUUGAUGGAAGAGUAUGUUCAGAACCUGUUUUAUUGGUGAAACCACCAACAAAAUAUGAUGAUAACCCUUCAGCAAAUGAAUAUACGGAACUAACAAAUAAUUACAGCUUCACUAUUAAAAAAGAAAAUUUUUCUCAUUAUAUGAGAUUCUGCUUCGUUGCAGGCACUUCAGAGGAAGUACAAGCCGUAGGUGCUCUAGGAUAUGUGUUUCUCUAG